AGUGGGAUUUUUUAGGGCUCUUAUUCUCGCGCUAGGUCUGUGGCGGGCGAUGGCGCUGGCUGUGACAGCGCCAGUGUCAAUCGGAGGCGCUGAUCGCGCAGCGUGCCUCGCAAGUCUGACUUUGCGCUCGCGAUCGAGGAGAUUUAAGCCGCGAUCUCCGGCUUGUACGUCGUCAGUGGAUGGUCGGGCUAGUUUUGAUAUCGAGGCAAAGAAUCUGUUUGUGGAGGUACGGGGUGACACGGGGCUUGUAGUACCCGUGCUCAAGAAUUGUUCCAUUCGAAUCCCGCAAGGACAGCUCUGGAUGCUCCUCGGGCCCAAUGGAUGCGGGAAAUCGACACUGCUCAAGUGCCUUGCAGGGCUGAUGAGACCCUCCCGUGGACAGAUGCGUGUGGCACAGCCAAAGAGCUUUGUCUUCCAGAAUCCGGAUCACCAGGUUGUCAUGCCUACAGCCGAAGCAGAUGUUGCGUUCGGGCUUGGACGCCUACAAUUAACGCAAGAGGAGGUCCGGGACCGAGUUUGGAGGUCUCUUAAAGCCGUGGGGAUGGAGAACUACUUACAGCGUCCUAUACAGACGCUAAGUGGUGGUCAAAAGCAGCGAGUGGCCAUCGCGGGGGCGCUUGCCGAGACAAGCCGGGUGCUUCUUCUGGACGAGUUAACGACUUUCUUAGACGAAACCGAUCAGGUUGGAGUGUUGGAAGCUGUCCGACGAGUGGUUGCUGGGCCGCCUUCAGUAACGUCCCUGUGGGUAACUCAUCGUCUGGAGGAGCUUAACUACGCAGAUGGAGCUGCCUAUAUGGAGAACGGACGCGUUGUUUUAAGUGGAUCCGUUGCAGAUGUUAUGGACUACAUUAACCUCAAGAAAGCGGAGCUCUGACGAGUCCUCGUGCCAUGGUAUUGGAGAUUGGUGGUGUCCAGGAGGCACGAGCAAAGACUUUUUUAAUGCGGAGAAUUGUGUUCGUUAUCAAUGCCGCGGCUUUAAAAGCUCCCACGACGAUCUCCAUGAUACGUGCUCGCCACUCUUCUACCAGCAGUGUUAUCAGCAGCAGCAGCGCUCUCUUCGUCUCUAACAUCUCCGGAAAGCUUCCAAGCUCCGUCCCGAGUGAAGUUUUACAUGCAAGACAGGCAGCUGAUCGCGAACAGCACCGGGGUUGUAGUCGCGGCACAGGGUGGCAAUCUCACGCUCUACGGCUUUGGAACUCUGAUCGUCAUGGACGAUCCACUCACGGAGACUCCCUGCAACGAUUCCAGGCUUGUGGGACGCGGGCAGGGCAUGUACCUGGUGGAGUCGAGGUCCGACUUUCAUUUGCUCGUCUCCUACUCGGCGUUUCUUGAGACUUCCAGCUACAAGGGGAGCUUGGUGUUCCAUGGCUCGUACAAGGCGCUCCAGUCCCCGAGAGAGCUUCCAGUGAUCGCCGGGACGGGGGACUUUAGAGGAGUCCAGGGAUACGCGAUUGUCACCACUGCUGUGGAUCAUGGAUUGUACGUGGUGCUCCAAGUGGACUGCUACUUGACUCAAAGAAUGUAGAAGAAUCUUUAUAUCGAAAACUAAGUUACCAGAUCUUUGGAA